AUCCAUGACUCGAAGGCAUCACGUUCGAUACCAAACCUUGAGAAGCACGCUAGAGCACGGCCUGAUUUCUCAACCUCGGCUAUAUCGUCAAUACGGCAUCACUCAACGAUGGCUUUGGCAUGGUCGCCGUUACAAGGUGCUGAGCUCUCUGUCGCGAUAAUAGUUUGUUCACAUUCUACCUUGGUCACUGUCGGCGCGCUAAUCUGUAAUUUCGUCAAGGUUUUGAAGUGUUGCCAAUGCAUUCACACUACUCGACUAUACGCUCACAUGGUCAGAUUUGACGUCGCGUCCACUUCAGCCACCUCGCCAACGAGCAUCAAUCUUCCCUGCCUACAACUUCUUUAUGACACGACUGCCUGCUGGAACGGUACACGAUGGACAUGUGUAAGACAGAGGAAGGAGGCUGCUUAGGAUCCCGGACCCAAUGGUACCAAAUAACGUUUAGCAAGGGAGAGACGCCAGGAUUUCAGAUGCAGGUACGUUAUGAAUGCAUCAACGCCGGUGCCCGAGCUGAAAUGCCAUAGUUGAUAGACUCA